CGCGCAGCUGCGGAGCCUCGUCUUUUCUCCUUCGUAAUGAAAACUCCCAGGCACAGCCUGGAGCCUUGCCGCCGUUCCACGUUCCACGUUCUUUCUUCCUAACGGGUCUGGGUCCUCAGUUGUGAGCUACUAUAGUGUGGUGUGCCGUGCUUGAUGACACCUUGCCUUAGCGAUCGAGAUCUCGAGAUCAGAUCACUGGCAGAUCAGAUCAGAUCAUCCGCCGCGUACCUGCAGUGAGAUUCCCCGGAUCCUGGAACUUGGUUUCUUUUAGCUCGACCGGUGCGGUGGCUUCACACGUUCCUGCGAAUCCUGGAUGCCGAUGCCCUUUGACGACCUAGUUCCGGACCCCGGCUCGAACCUCAACCUCUCCACCUACCACUAACUAAUCCGGGGGUCGAAUUCGAGUCUGACUACUGAACUCCGCGGUCUUCACUUUCUCUAUCCUACUUGCCUACCAAUCUUACCUCCUUCCGUGUGGUACAGUACAGUACCUCUUCAUCCGGGACCUCCUGUCGUCAGCACACAGCACACGUCGCAACCGACCAGUGCAUGCUACCACUGUACAUGCCAACCGCCCUUAUUGUCUCCUCCUGCGCAAUCUGAAUCCGAUAACACAUCGAUCGCCAUGGUACAGACACAGCCAAGCCUCCAAAAUGCCAAUGGCCUCUCUUCCAUCGACGCCAUGCUGCGCGGCCUCACGGAGCGUCCCAACGUUCAAUCGACCCUCAUCCUCUCUCGGAAAGACGGAUCCAUCAUUCGAGCCACGGGUGUGGUAGCCAGAAACACUACCAGUAGGCCUACAUCUUCCACUGGGGCACCAGCACCACCUCCGCAUACUAGUACUCCUCCGAAAUCAAACCCGAUGUCCAAAAACACGCAGGAAGGCGAGGGCGCAACGACAUCACAAGACGGAGGAGCCGAAGCCGGGGCUGCUACACCAACACCGGCAGAAGGAAAGCAAGGGCAAGAGCAAGAAGUGACACAAAUACUAUCCGAUCCCGAACCUGAACCUGAGCCGCUUGAAGUGCUGGCAUCAUCGAUAUUCCAGUUCGUCGGGCACGCUGACUCUUUGGGUCUGACAUUGGGAAGCAUAUCUCGUGGUGCCAGUGACACUGGUGCAGGCGGACAUGGGCAUGGACAUGGAUAUGGGUCGGAAAUCACGGGCAAUACCGGACGGACGAAUGAUCAGCGACCUUCCUCCUCGUCUGAUAACAAGCAACAACCACGGAGAACUCCCGGAGACGAUGAAGAGUCGGACACUACUACCACAAGAGGCACCGAGGACGAGGUGCAGCUGUUGAGAUUGCGGACGAAACACCAGGAGAUCAUCAUAUUCCCGGAUCCAAAUUACAUUUGCUGCGUGGUUCAGAAAAUGGGCAACAAGGCUGGCGGCAGCGGAACUGCAACUACACACCGCUAGGAAAAGGCCGGUGUGGCACGGCCAGGACAGAUAACAUUGCAUGGGAUAUUGAAGUUCGUCCUACAGUCCUCCAUCGUGGCCGUUUGUCAUAUUGCCCCCGGUCAAUCGAACAGGCUAGGAGCGUGGUAUCACGAGCCAUUGCAUUACGCCACGAAUCAACAAGUUAUUUACUAUCGAGUCUGCGCGGGAUCAGAUCAUCGUUGUCUGCCAAUGGGUGUCUGCAAUUUCUGUACGUGCCCUGGAUACGAGCCGAGCACAUAUCAUGUGUUCCAGGGUCAGCGUUGGGGAUAAGAAGGCCAGUGGUCACGGACAGCGACACUACCUGUUCUUGCGUCGAGUCGAGCCGCAUUGUCCCUUCCCCUGUCACAGAGUCUAUAUCUCGAUGCGAUGCCAAAGGGCUGAAGAACAGCCAUUUUCUUCGAGACAGGAAACCUGCAUUGACCAAGAUUUGAUUUGCUGCAACUGCACUCAAUAGUCUGUCCGUCCUCUUCGUCGGUCGGCUUACUGGUCGAUUUGAUUCCAACCAUGGUAUGGAGACGGAUGCGGUAUUUGUGGGGGAUCAAAACAGAGCAUCACGGCUUGGGAGAAGAUGUUACUGCAGGCCUUGUUCAAAGCUCCCUAGACCCGGGUAUCCGCGUUGAAUCUUACGAAUUGGCCAUUUUUGUCGAGCCGGUGUUAUGGCCUCUUUUAGUCUGAGAUGAAACUCAACAGGGAAAGCAUUGACGAUCCUGCGAUAUAUAGAACAAACACCCUGGCUCUUAUCGCGGGGAUGGUCGAUUCCAUGGCCUGACCUGUGCUUAUCAUGGUUUCUGGGGAAGGAUCCUUUGCCCCGGCCGUAUCAGAGGCUUAUCAACAUCAGAACUUUGCCCGAACUUUGCUUUAUCGCCAGACCAGUGACCUUUCAAAUAGACGGAACCGUCGUAUCUGAUAUCGGUAUCUGUGUUUUCAUCCAUUCAGGUUCAGUUACUGGCUGGUCGUUUGUCGCUGAUCUCCUUUCGCUCGGACUUUGCUUUAUCAUGCUGUUACCCAAGCUCACAAUCAAUGCUUUGGUUUUAUACUUAAAGGGUUCCAGAAGUCCGAGAGUAAUGCAGACCUGUAACUUCAUUUCCCAACUUAGCUUCUCGACCUUGUACAUCCUCACCUGUGAAACAAGGAAUGGCGGCCCUAAAAAGGGUCGUUACACAUAUUCAGGCCUGCUAGGUGUCAUCCAAAUGCUAGGUGAGACGGGCUGCGUGCCACAGAGCAACAUCGAUCGGCACAUAACAGGAGUCAUGGCUCGAACAGAGGUAAAUUGGUCGAGUACCGCCUAUCUAGUUCUUGGAUGGGAAGAAUGUGACGGGUUUGGGAACCACUGGCCUCUGUAGCCGCUGGCCUGUCGCCUCGAAUCCUACUCAGCCGGUGGUGUUGCGAGCAAUGAAUAGUCGGUCUGACUGUUGCUGCAUCACCAGCGACCAAACUACCUUGGGAUUGCGCACGAGCUGGAGUCCACGACAGAAUUACCUCACCUGGAAUCGGCAGCCCGCGCCAUCCUUGCAUCCUACGGGGCCUCCAGGCUCGUGUUGUCAGUCGACAUUCGGAGUCCGAGUCUUUCAGUACGGUGUGCUAGGAGCUGCUCCAGCGAGUGCGCGUUCCAGGUCUGGCAAGACGGGCCUAGCACUAGCGUGGGGGUUCAUGCUGGCCGGCCAGCGCCCCUUUCAAUGGAGGCAGGCAAUCUGCCUGAUAGACCAAUUACCAAAAUGCAUUUGCUGAGCAGACUGACCAAGAUUGAUAGCACAUGCGCCGGAUACAAUGCAGAAUACUGCCCUCGAGCGACCACGAUUGGCUGGCCCACCAUGGAUGACUUUGAAACCAAUCUAGGUACCCAUGGGAACCACUGCAGCGAUAACGAAGGGCGUUCCCGAUGUUGUGGGCCAGGCUGGCUGCAACUUGAAGUCUGCGCUUCGGUUUGAAGUGGUCUCCAUGACGGAGACACAAACUGACGGGAAGGGUGAUGGAGGGGUUUGGCCGAACAAGGAUGAAGAGCGGUGGAAGAUCCGCCUGUGAAACCCACAAGCUGUAUGACAGGUCAAGCUGCUAACAACGCAGCUAAAAUCCACCAAAAGCGCCUCUCGAUAUCACCCUGCACCAAUCAUACCCCUUCCAAUUGCUCUAUGCGUCGACUCUGCACAACAGAGCGCGGUCCCAGCAAGAACAACGAGCUGCGAUUGCUCCCACUCACAUGCUCGCUCCUCGGGGCUAUUGACAAGAGAAUAUAAUGGCCAUGAAGACUGUCGAUGCUGCUGUCAGCGGUGCAGAACUGCCAGAACCGUCUGCGAUCUCUAGAAUGGCAAGAGUCUGUCGGCCUGUCUAUCGACCCUUGACACCCUUGAUGCACAUCCAUACAGGCUAAGUUGGGUGAUUGUUUCUUCGACAUGGCUCAAGUGGUUGAUAUGGUCGCGUGCCCUGACGGCGCCACAGGGGGCUUUGUGGAUCUAUAUGGGGGGUUCUUCAGGGUCAACUCCUAGGUUAUGGGUGCUGCGGGUGGAAACAGAAGGUUUUUAGUCAUGCGGUUGUUGUUAUCCGUGGCGUUUCAAUACCCUGAACAAACGACCAUACAGGAAUACCAAACGUCCUUGAAGGCCUACUAAUCUCCAACAGGAGCUAGAAAUGAGGGAGUGGGAAGCGUGAAGCCCAUCUUUCCUCUUUAUGAGUGUGGGAUGAGUGAAAUCUAUCGUCCGCCUUGGAAUCAUUUUUUGAACGGCAUCGGAUGGUACAUUUCGACCAUGGCAUGUCCAUCUUGAGAGGAGGCCAAGGACACCAACCGCCCUUUGCGCUGGUUGAGUAUCAGGUCAGGAGGCUCCGGUUACGACAGUUCCAAAAGCUUUGUUCGUCAUGUACGGCAGUCCAGCUACAUGCGGAGGACCUGGUUUGAUUGGCCGUCUUCGUUAAGAUGUCGCCGUUGUUGAUAUACCGUCCUUUAAAGAAGGGUCUGAAGCGGUCGCCGGGACCAUCAUCCGUUUAAUCCAUAUUCCAAUUUCUAUAGGCAUCCAUCGUGUAAGGCGGAGCAUGUUCCAAGCGUUUAU